AUGAAGAAAAGUAGAAUAAGCGAAAAAACUUGUACUUUACUCUAUAAAUAUCCAAACAAACACAGCCUAAUAAUACUGUGGCGGUUAAAUCACUUCAUCAAUUCAGUUAAUACAGUUUCUUCCACAUAGAAAUGAAUUUUCAAGAACCACAAGACGAACAACAACAUUCAGUUGAUUCUCAAUUAGCCAUGCUCCAUCUCAACACCACCACCACCGGUAUCCACCACCACAACUCCACCACAGAACAACAAUGCCAUUCUUUUGAUUCCCUCAAUAAUCAACAACAACAACAACCACAUUUCUCACCCGAAAAAACUACCCUUUUACCACCCAUUUCCACUACUAAGACAAAGAAGAGAUAUUCAAACACUCGUUUCUCUUCAUCUCUUGAAGAACCCUUUCCGAAAAGAACUGCCACUGUCACCCUUUUACCAACCAUUUCCACCAUAUCCAAUGACAACAACAACAACCAUUUGCAAGGAUUCAUCAAACUCCCACUUGAAAACCACCGUAAUCUUGAAACUCAGGCUUUCUUGAAACCCCAACAGUUUGAAACUUCAACAACUCCAUCUCCAGCAAAGCCACCAUUACCACCACCACUUUAUCGGACUUUUUCUGACCCGACAGGUUCUUGUUCUUACAAGAGAAAAUCGCCUACUCCGCCACCUCACCAUACCCUUGCAAGAACAACUAGUUGGUCACCAAAUGAGGAAUCUCCAACUACUAUGAAGUCCCCUAAUCACUAUGCUCUCACAAGAACAGCUAGUUGGUCAUCAAAUGGAGAUUCUCCAACUACUAUGAAAUCUCCUAAUCUUACAAGAACAGCUAGUUGGUCACCAAAUGUUCAAGAAUUAGGUGUCUCUAUUAACAAUGGAGAAUCUCCUACUGCAAUGAGGCUGAAGAGAAUGAAGGAUGGAAUGAGAGAAAUGAGACAAUGGUGUGACCUUAUGAUUCAAGAAGAAGAUGUUCAAGAAGAAACUGAACCUGAAGAAAACAAGAUUGUAAAGGAUGAUGAGACAGAGAGUGGAGGAGAACCAUUGUGUGAGGAAGCAGUGUGGGUUGAGAGAAUGGGAAGCUGUCUGAUACUUCAUUUCAAAUGUCCCUGUGGUAAAGGCUAUCAGAUUCUGCUAAGUGGAAAUAAUUGCUACUAUAAACUCACCAAUUUCUGAGACCUUGUUACUCAAGUCAAUUCAGCGAAAAAAAGGACUAACUGGAUUAGAUUCACGAGUCAUAGAAGAACUAGUUAACUGCCAUUUAAGUCAGUAUAGGUUAGCUGCAUUCUUUAGUAUUCUUUCAAUAAGUAAGCUUCAGGAUUCGUUUUCCAAUUUGGUAAAAGGUGUUCUUUAGUUUGCUUAUAGUCAAUGUGUAAAAUUGUUUCAUUCCUUUUUAGAUUUGUGGAUAUGAUUGCAUAGUGAAGAACUGCCAGUCUUCUUUAGUCUGUUUUUUAGCCAAACUGUAAACUUGUUUCAUUCCUUUUAGAUUUGUGAAUUCAGGGU